CCGCACGCGGCUCUUCAAAAUCAAUUUGGAUGUUCUCACUCGCCGUCAUACACAAUCCCACUCUGAGCUCCGAUCACCUCUCGUCUCCAAUCUCCGCCGUCCACUCUCCGACCCCGAUCGUCACCUUAAAUUCGGAGACUUUGAAUUCCAAUAUGAAUUCCGUCAAUUUCUAUUUGAUUUUUCUGGGGAUUUUUUUCAUAGCGGGACUGUGACUCUCUUCGAUUCCAAACCGUUCGGGGGAUUAGGGUUUCUGGGUUUCGUUGGAUUUUUCGAGAUUUUUGGUGGGUUUUGUUCUGGGAAUUUCGGACUUGUAUGCUGGACUUUAGGGAAGGUUGGGCGCGGUUAUAGGGUUUUGAUUCGAGGUGUUUAGGGAGAGAUGGAGGUGAAUAAUAAUAGUACUGAGCUUGAAGAAGGCGAGGCUUCUUGUUAUUACAAGGACGACGGCGAAAAGUUUGACCCGGACACUGAUCUUGCUUACCUUGAGGAGAAACUUGAGCAAGUUCUAGGACAUUUCCAGAAGGAUUUCGAGGGUGGGGCUUUUGCUGAGAAUUUGGGGGCCAAAUAUGGUGGAUAUGGUUCAUUUUUACCUACAUAUGAACGAUCUCCAUCCGUUUUGUCUACUCCAAAGACACUGUUGGGAAACUGCAACACAUCAAGAUCUCCUAAAAGUUCCAUGGAGGGUGCCUCUCAAAACUUGAAAGCGUCAUCAAAAGCACUUCCAACUGUGAGGCCUGGAACUUCUUCACCCAGUGCUCGUUUCUCACAUGAUUCUAGGGUUAUUGGGGGCAUUUCAUCUCAAGAGGAUCUAUGUGUUCCAUCUACCCAAGUAGCUGAGAGGUGUUCCUUAAAAGAUGAGAUGUCAAACAGAUCUGGUAAUUCCAGUGAUCAAAGGACACUGAAGUUUCGAAUCAAAAUGAACUCUGAGAAUUCAUCUCGGAAGAACAUAGCAAUAUAUAGUGGUCUUGGGCUUAGCUCCCCAUCUUCAUCAUUUGGGAAUAGCCCCGAUGGAAGUGGAGAGAUGCCACCUGCCUCUGAAGUGAAUGUGGAUGAGUCUCCCACUAACAUUGUUCAGGUUAUGACUUCAUUUCAUGUUCCCGGGCAUGAUCUGAUGUCACCUCUUCAUGACAGUUUUAUUUGUCUCACGAGAAAGAAAAAGCUUCAUCAACUAAAAAUUGUACCCCAAUCUAAGGGUCCUCAAGAACGUUCGUUGUCAGCUUCCACACGGGGUAAUGGAAAAUUGUCAAAGGAGCUAAAUGUUGAAGUUGCAGCUAAAGGUGAAGAGCAGGUAGAACCGAAGAUUGAGAAUGUCAAGAAUGACAUGAAAAUUCUUAUAAAAAAGAAAUCAGGAAUUCAUUGUCUAGGAAGCAAGGAGCUAUUGUCCAGUGGCUACAAAUCAUUACAGCUAUCCAACUCAGUGGGUGAUUUUAGUGACUGUGCUCAAGGUAUGCAUAGAACACCAAAAUCUGGGGGUACCAAUGAGAAUGGGGUGAAGGGAAGUUUAUCUAUCUUUGGGUUAGCAAAGCCGGAGUCAAAGGAGUUGAUAUCCGAUCAUAGUUUUGACAAGAAUGAGAAGCAAAAUACUAGGUGUGGUUCCGCAGAAAAAUUUCAGAAACAGUCUAAAGAUAUUUUCCACAAGAACGGUCCGGUUGAGCUCAUAGAUGGAGGCAACCACAAGGGUUACAAGUUUUCUGCCUCACUAGAUUAUUCUGGUGCAUUCAAAUGCAAGGAAGAGCUAGACCAGCACCCCCAGAAUGUUGGUGAGGAAACUACUUAUCAUGGUCAAGGAAAAAAAAAUGUCCAUGGCAAGAAGGAAAAACUGUCUUUUAAGGGCAAUAUUAAGUCAAAUGAAAAACUUGUUAAUGAAAAACAACCAGGUAGCUUAACAAACGGAAGCUUUGGAGUUGAAAUGGGUAUAGUGACAGAAGAUGAACUGCAUGGUGGUUAUGGUGUCUGUCUAUCUAGCAGAAAAGCGCACAAGUUAAAGUUGCAGAAGGAUUCUGUCAGAGAUAACCGUAGAGAUUCAUCGGGGGGUACAGUUUUGGAACAAAGGGAUAAAAUGGAGGCAGCAAAAAGGCCUGUUGAUGAUUUUGAUGUGCAAUGUAAGUCAUCUAAGGUCAAACCAAGUGAAAAACUGAGUGGUAGAAAGGUCGAUAAUGUGUUGAUGCCCAGGGGAUCUAUAAAAGAUGCUUUUGCUACAUGCCUUCCUACAUUUGAAAAUGGACUAGCGUCAGAUACUGUACCAGUAGUUGCAGCUCCUAUUGUACUUCUAGAAGAUUGGGUUUGUUGCGAUAAUUGUCAGAAGUGGAGGCUUCUUCCCUUUGGAAGAAAAGAUCUACUCCCUGAGAAAUGGUUGUGUAGCAUGCUGGACUGGCUGGGGCCUGGGAUGAAUCAAUGUGACAUCAGUGAAGAGGAAACAACAAAAGCUCUCAAUGCAUUAUACCAACAACCAUCUUCAGAAAGUUUAACUAACCUGCUAACUCAUGCUAGUGGAACAACAUCUGUAGUACCUUCAGAUCAUGCUCAACAUCUCGAUCGAGAUAGCAUGUAUGAUAGGGUGAAGAAGCGACUUGGUGCGAAGGAAAGACAUAAUACAAUUAAUGGUGGUGGUGGUGUCUUAAUAUCUUACCUGCAAGAACCUGUGAAGUGUACAAGCUUAAACGACGUUAACCAGCCUCCUUUAGAAUCAAAUUCAAUGAAGAAAUCUACUGAUCAACGUAUGAGUAAUCUCCAGAACCUGGGCAUGGACAAAAACAUAGCUAAGCAGAAGGAGAAGCAAAGAAGUGGAGGUGAUGCAAAGAGAGUAAGAUUAAUACACAAGAAGGAUAUUGAUCACCAUAUAUAUGGUACCUCCAAGAAGCCCAGGAGAGAAGAUAUGUUGCAUGCUGAUACAGAUCGGAGUUCUGAGAUUGACCUUGGGAGGAUGGGGGUCACUUCCAGUAAUGGUUUGCUGACCCAUGUACUUGAUCAUGACAGAAAAUACAAUGACUUAAGUUCUGAAGGCACAAAUGUUAAAUUACAAUUUUCUGUGAGGAAACCGGCGCAUCAAAUUCAGGUCUCAUUAGAUGGUGGGCCUUCGGAUGUGGGAGUGUGCAGUAAAGGGGAUAAUUCCAUGAAGAAAAAGAGAAACAGAGAGUGGCAGAAUAAUGUGGAAACAUCUGUACAUUCUGUAAAUGAUGGUAGGGUAUAUAACGAGGAGGAAAGUAGUGAGAGUGGUUCUUGGAGGGAGAAGAAGGCCAGGAAUUUGAAAAAUGAAUGUAAAGAUUCUACUACUAGUAAUAUUGAUGAUAAGUCAGAUAGAAAAAGCAGAGUUACCAAGAUUGUUGUGUCGGGCACAAAAGCUCGUCCAUCUGUUGUCAUGCUAGAGGACAGAAAUAUUGUUAAGGAUCAGCAACCCAGGAAACAUAGUAAAAGGAAUGCAUCUCAGCGAAAUUUGGAAGGUGCAAAUGCAUUAAAAAGGGAUAAUGGAUCAGGACAUGUUUCUAUAGCUGCCACUUCAAGUUCUUCAAAGAUUUCAGGUUGCCAUAAAUUCAAAGGUGACAUUGAGGAAGUGAAAGGCUCGCCUGUGGAAUCGGUUUCUUCAUCUCCUCUGAGGACCUCUAACUCAAACAGGCCGACUUUGGCAAAGCAAGAUGGCUCUGUGAAGGAUGAACCCAUUUGUGGUGGAUUCUUUUUAACGAGUAAAUCCAAAAGACUCCGGGAUGGGGGUGGAAACGGUAGUUUUGAUAGAUUGGGGAACACUGGGACAGAGAAAACUUCAGACAAUAUUUGUCCUGAAUCUCAUAAUUUUUCAACGGUAGGCUACCAUAGGGGAGAUUCUAGUGGUAAUGAUGGCCAGUUCCUCAAUGAUCAGCAUGACCUGCGUUGCCAUUAUGAUGAUAGAGAAAACAAGAACCAUCCUGAAGAUCUAAGUUUUCAGAAAAGAUCCAGUAAUGGCUCCUCUUUGCCAUCGAAGGACAAUAUUAGAGGUUCUUCGAGUGACUUAGAUAGGGAUAAGAUGAAGAUCUCAGAUCCGGUGACUGAGUACUCAAAAAAGAGUCAAAGAUAUGUGUCUGAGAUUGACCGCAAUCAUGAUGUUAGAAACAAUCUUCCUGAAGAGUGUAGCAUUGAGACAGUUACGGUCAAAGAUGAAAAGAAUUAUGAAAUUAAGCUAGACAAUGUGGGACAAGGGUCAAGUGGAAGUGCAUUAGAAACUCAAUUACAACAAAAAGGCUAUGAAGUGUCAGAUGAGAAGUUGGGUGCUACUGAGUUCCCUAUUAAAAAAGGUGCCCCACGGCAGAACAUGAAUCAUGAUUUUGGGUGUGGCCAAAAACAAAAUAAGUCCAAUAGCGGAAAACCAACAUCCUCUUCAAAUUCUCACAGUGAAUCAAAAGAAGGGGCAGAAGGGGUUGAAAGGAAAGAAGGGGCUCGAUAUCGUGGUUCUCAAGCCAUAGCAUGGCCUGAGAGAGAAGCUGUGUUUCAAGGACUUCCAAGUUUUGCUGUCAAUGGUAAUGUGCAAAAGUCAUCAAGACAAUGUGGAACUGCCACUACCAAGAAUGGAGAUAAUUGCAAUGGGGGACAUCUUAUGCCUGACCAUCAGGGUGCAAGAGAUGUAGUGGAUUCAAGUCCUAUGAUAAGCGCCUCUGGGCAGAUUGCUAUUAAGAUCCUGAAUGAAGCUAGAAGUCUAAGAGACAAGGCCGAACAAUCUAAGAAAGGUGGGUUCCACGAUGUAAGUACUGUGGCUUAUUUCCAAGCUGCCCAAAAGUUUCUUCAAGGAGCAUCGCUUUUGGAAAGUUGCAGUUAUGAGAAAGGCAAGCAUGAAGAUAUGACUCCAUUGCAAGUGUAUAGCAGUACAGCUAAGCUUUGCGAAUUUUGUGCCCAUGAAUAUGAAAAUUUCAAAGAAGUGGCUUCUGCUGCUUUGGCCUAUAAAUGCAUGGAGGUGGCGUACAUGAGGGUAGUGUACUGCAAACAUUCUAGUAUAACCAGAGAUCGGCAUGAGUUGCAAGCUACUCUAAAUAUGCCUCAUCAAGGGGAGUCUCCAUCAUCUUCUGCAUCAGAUAUUGAUAAUUUAACCGACCAAGUGAUGGCAGAAAAGGCUAUCUUAUCUAAGGGUACUGGUUCUCAUGUUGCUAGAAACCGCCCUAAGAUUCUCAGGCUGCUCGACUUUACACAGGAUGUAAAUUUUGCAAUGGAAGCCUCCCAAAAAUCCCAGAGUGCUUUUUCAGCUGCUUGCCUGGCCCUGGAAGAUUCACAUAAGAAUGAUUGUAUUUCUUCUAUUAGGAGGGUAAUUGAGUUCAGCUUCCAAGAUGUAGAGGAAUUCGUCCGGUUGGUUGAACUUGCAAUGAAGGCCAUAGGUCGAUCCAAAUUUACUGGUCCUAGAGAUUAAGUCGACCUUGUAGAUAUUGCAUUUUUCUGGUUUUCUCCAAACAGGCAUCAAGAAAGGAAAGACAAGGAUGCCUACAUAGAUCAACACUUGAAAAUCUGCGUAAGAGGCUGAUUCAACAGAUUAUUACCCUCUGUACAUGUGUACAAAGUGAGAUUGAAAAUUUUGUAUUGUAUUUUCUUUUCAAAUUACAUCUAUUCUUGACGUGGAUAAGAGCACAGCAUGCUCAUCCUUAAGUUUCAUGGGUUGGGAAAGAGGAAAAGGAUUUAGUUCACAAUACAGCUUGGAGAUUGUGUGAUAGUUCAGUUCUAUAUUUUUGCGCUCCCUGGAUUCGGAGCUUGAGGGAAAAAUAUCUAUAGAGAUUGGAUACUCAUAGGCAACCAUUUUGAGGAGGUUGAAUACUAAUAUAGUGAUGACUGAUCAAUGUCCUAUCAGAGAAUUUUCUGUUUUAUUACUAUUUUAUUGUAUAAUAAAAACAACAAUUUUUAUUUUGUUGCAA